CGUUGCUGUAUUCCGUAGCGGGAGCUCCUCGGAACGUGUUGUUCGAACACGCGGAUGGACUCGUGUGACUGUGAAUAAUCAUCUUCGAGAAUUUAUUAAGUCUUGAGUGUUUAUUCUUUACAUCGGUUUGCAACCAUGCCGGCCUACUUUCAGAGACCGGAAAAUGCUCUGAAAAGAGCUAAUGAAUUUUUGGAAGUUGGCAAGAAACAGCCAGCCUUGGAUGUACUGUAUGAUGUCAUCAAGAGCAAAAAGCAUCGAACAUGGCAGAAGAUCCACGAGCCGAUCAUGCUCAAAUAUCUGGAGCUCUGCGUGGAUCUGCGCAAGAGUCACCUGGCCAAGGAGGGCCUGUACCAGUACAAGAACAUCUGUCAGCAGGUGAAUAUCAAGUCUCUUGAAGAUGUGGUCAGGGCUUAUUUGAAGUUGGCUGAAGAGAAGACCGAGACUGCCAAGGGGGAGUCUCAGCAGAUGGUCCUGGAUAUUGAAGAUUUGGACAAUAUUCAGACUCCUGAAAGUGUAUUGCUGAGCGCCGUGAGCGGAGAGGAUACCCAGGACCGAACUGACCGACUGUUGCUCACCCCCUGGGUCAAGUUCCUGUGGGAGUCUUACCGUCAGUGCUUGGACCUACUGCGGAACAACUCCAAGGUGGAACGCCUGUACCAUGAUAUUGCCCAGCAAGCUUUCAAGUUCUGCCUUCAGUACACGCGAAAGGCAGAAUUUCGCAAACUCUGUGACAAUCUGCGCAUGCAUCUGGGCCAGAUUCAAAGACACCAUAACCAGAGCACUGCCAUCAACCUGAACAACCCUGAGAGUCAGUCGAUGCACCUGGAGACGCGCCUGGUGCAGCUGGACAGUGCCAUUGCCAUGGAACUCUGGCAGGAAGCCUUCAAGGCUGUAGAAGACAUCCAUGGCCUCUUUGCCCUGUCUAAAAAGCCCCCUAAGCCUCAACUCAUGGCCAACUACUACAACAAGGUGUCCACCGUCUUCUGGAAGUCUGGAAACGCACUUUUUCAUGCCAGUACUUUGCACCGCCUGUAUCACCUCUCGAGGGAGAUGCGCAAGAACCUCACCCAGGAUGAGAUGCAGAGAAUGUCUACCAGAGUUCUCCUAGCCACCCUGUCUAUUCCCAUCACCCCUGAGAGGACCGACAUCGCCCGCCUGCUGGACAUGGAUGGAAUCAUAGUGGAGAAACACCGCAGACUUGCUACUCUACUGGGCCUCCAGUCCCCUCCCACCCGCCAGAGUCUCAUCAAUGACAUGGUGAGGUUUAAUCUUCUGCAGUACAUCGUCCCUGACGUCAAAGAGCUGUACAACUGGCUAGAGAUGGACUUCCAUCCACUGAAACUUUGUGGAAGGGUAACAAAGGUGCUGAACUGGAUAAAGGACCAGGCAGAGAAAGAGUCUGAUCUUCAGCAGUAUGUGCCACACCUCCAGAGCAACACCAUCCUUAGACUUCUACAGCAGGUGGCCCAGAUCUACCAGAGCAUCGAGUUCACUCGUCUGGCGUCUCUAGUGCCAUUUGUGGAUGCCUUUCAGCUUGAGCGCUCCAUUGUGGACGCUGCCCGACACUGCGACCUGCAGGUGCGCAUCGAUCACACCUCUCGUACUCUGAGUUUUGGGUCAGAUCUGAACUAUUCCACAAAAGAAGAUGCACCUAUCGGCCCGUUCCUCCAGAACAUGCCCUCGGAGCAGAUCAGGAACCAACUCACCGCUAUGUCUUCCUCUCUUGCCAAGGCGAUCCAAGUCAUCAGGCCACCUUCCAUCCUGCAAGAGCGUGAGGAGCAGAGCCAACUAGCCAUCGCAUCUUACCUGAAGAAUGGUCGUAAAGAGCACCAGCGCAUCCUGGCCCGCAGACAGACCAUCGAGGAGCGCAAGGAGCGCCUGGAGAGUCUCAACAUCGCGCGGGAGAAGGAGGAGCUGGAGCAGCGCGAGGCGGAGAUGCAGAAGGUGCGCAAGGCAGAGGAGGAGCGCCUGCGGCUGGAGGCCAAGGAGCGCGAGAAGGAGCGCAUCAUGCAGGAGCACGAGCAGAUCAAGAAGAAGACCGUGCGAGAACGCCUGGAACAAAUCAAGAAGACUGAACUGGGGGCCAAGGCCUUUAAGGACAUUGACAUCGAGGACCUGGAGGAGUUGGACCCAGACUUCAUCAUGGCCAAGCAGGUGGAGCAGCUGGAGAAGGAGAAGAAAGAACUUCAAGAGCGCCUGAAAAACCAAGAGAAAAAGAUUGACUACUUUGAGAGGGCUAAAAGGUUGGAGGAGAUUCCCCUGAUCAAGAAGGCUUAUGAGGAACAACGCAUCAAAGAUAUGGAACUCUGGGAACUGCAGGAAGAUGACCGGAUCAGCAACAUGAAGGUUGAACGGGAGAAGGCCCUGGAGCACAAGCAGAGGAUGUCUAGGAUGAUGGAGGACAAGGAGAACUUUGUUGCCAAGAUCACAGAUGCUCGAAGUUUCAUCUAUGAGGAGAAACUUAAACAGUUCCAAGAGCGCCUGGUGGAGGAGCGAAAGAAACGCCUUGAGGAAAGGAAAAAACAGCGCAAGGAAGACCGGCGCAAUGCCUACUACCGUCAGAAAGAAGAGGACGCCCAGAGAAUUCACGAGGAGGCACUAAAGAAAGAGCGGGAUGAGCGUGAGCGCGUGGAGCAGGAGGCGAGAGAGGAGGAGGAGAAGGAGUACCAAGAGAAACUAAGAAAACUUGAGGAGCAGGAGAGGAAACAGCGAGCCCGCCAGCAGGAGAUUGAGGAGCGUGAGCGCCGCAAGGAGGAGGAGAGGAGGAUGCCUGAGGAGAAGGGCAGUAAGGACUGGGCAGAGAAAGAGGAAGGAGGAGGAGGAGGAGGAGGAGGAGGGGGUGGUGGUGGUGGUGGUGGAGGAGGAGGAGGAGGAGGAUGGAGAAAACGUGGUGAAGGAGAGACAGAAUGGCGUCGACCUGUGUCUGAUCGCGAAAGGAAACAGGAUGACAAUGAUGACACUGAGGAGCAUGAGCGAGAGCCAGCCUUGAAGAAGCCAGCUGAUGUGCCCCGCCGCGUGAUCUCCGAUGACCGCCCUCUCCGUCGUGGCUUUGAUGAUGACUGGGGUCCUCGCCGCGGCGCUGAUGAAGAGCGCGCACCCCGUAGGGGCCUGGAUGACGAGCGUGGCCCCAGAAGGGCCUUCGAUGAUGAGCGCAGUCUGAGGAGGGGAGAUGACGGUGAGCGAAGCCUUCGAAGGGGAACAGAAGAGGACAGAGUGCCACGCCGGGCCUUCGAUGAGGACCGAGCACCUCGGAGAGUUCUGGAUGAGCCCAGGGCCCCCAGACGUGGGCCUGAUGAUGAUUGGUCCAGGAAGGGUGGAGAUGAGGAGAGGGCCGUUCGCAGAGGCAUGGAUGACGCGGGGCCACGGCGUGGGGAUGAUCCUAAGCCGUGGAAACCUGUAGCCAAGGCAUCUACAGGUGGUGGGUGGAGAGAGAGGGAGAAGGCCCGUGAAGAGAGUUGGGGUCCCCCUCGUGAUGGCGCUGGCCAUGAUGAUGAAGAGGAUGAAGAAGAGGCUGAUGUGGAAGUGCCCCAGGAGAGUGAGCCUAAUAAAGACCGCCGACCACCACCCCCCAGGGAGGAGGGUGGAGCUUGGAGACGUGGAGUAGGAGGAGGUGGUGGAGGUGGUGGUGGAGGUGGUGGUGGAGGUGGAGGUGGAGGUGGAGGUGCAGCAACGGAGGAAGUCAGCAGCUGGCGAGGAGGAGGAGGAGGAGGAGGAGGAGGAGGACGCGGUGAGGACGCGACUCGAGAGGAACGCCCAGAUCGUCGUGACAUAAGAGAGCGAAAGGAUGAGCGUGAACCAGCAAGAGCCCCCCCUCCCAGGGAAACUGAAGAAGGUGGCUCCUGGAGAAGAGGUGGAGCCGGAGGAGGAGGAGGAGGAGGAGGAGGGGAAGUCAAGCGUGAGGAGCGGGAGGCUCCAGCCAGACCACGGGAGCGUGAGCGUGAUCCUGAGGGGGAAAAGAGCUCUUGGCGAUUAGAGAAGGAGAAGGAACAGCGGCGUAUUAAGAAUGAGACUGAUGAUGAUGGAUGGACCACGGUUCGCCGUUAGGCCACCACCACCACUGUUGCUUUCCAUCUUAAGUGUAGCUUCAGUGUCUUUGAGUGUUCUUGAAUCUUUCAAUGGUGUUGCUGUGGCAAUUAUUUCCAAAUUAACAGUACAGAUUUGCUUAAAUCGGUGCAUGGAGCCUUCACUAAAGUAGAUCCUUUUUCAAAUAGAUUUUUAUGCAGCUUUAUGUUGAAUUAAAAUCAUUCCUAUCUUUUGCAUGUUUCAAGUAUAACAUUGGUCAUUCAAUAUACCAGUUGUGGGUUCAUUAAUUUGGGAGUAAUGCAUUUUAAGAGAAUAACCCAGCUCCAAAUUGUUUUUGAUUGACUACAGAAAUGUACUGAGAUGUUUCAAGAUGCUUCCUCUAAAUUCUAGCUAGCUGUCCUUCAAUUGCUUCUCCUGAUUCAUUUUAAAGGAAAAUAAACUCAUUGAAGUAA